AGAAUUAUAGACUAAAUUGUCAUAAUAUAUCAAAUUUGAUUUAUAUAAGCCUGUCUUACAAGUUCAAGGACCGGGAUGACAUUUUGCUCAAAAAGAGAGCUGAAGCUAUGCACGGCUAAAAACGCUGCGUUUUACAAGCCCAAAGGGAUUCAUGACCGUUACUGUAACAAUGCGACCAUGUCACACUCUCGCGCCAUUUUUCGAAUUCAUAAAAUUCACCCCAAAACUUUCCAAUUUCCAAUGUUUAUCACAAAAUUUUCUAAAUCAUGUAUUAAUGUCAAGUAUAGUACGAAAAUUAUUAUUUCCUCUUGCAGAAAUUUGCUAUCUGAUAACUUGAAGAACCAAAAUUUAGACCAGGCCCGUAUUAUUUUUGACAAAAUUCCAUCUCCAGAUGCGUAUUCAUACACUUUAAUGAUCAACAAUUAUGCUAGAAAUGAUAAGUUAAGUGAUGCACUGUAUCUGUUUGAUAAAAUGCCUGUGAGAGAUAUAAUUUCAUGGAAUUCAAUGAUUCAAGGAUGCUUAGAUUGCGGGUAUCUGGGUAUGGCUAGAAAGUUGUUUGAUGAAAUGCCCGAGAGAAAUGUUGUUUCUUGGACGACAAUGGUGAAUGGGUAUUUGAAGUUUGGGAAAGUGGAGGUUGCUGAACGGUUAUUUUGGGUCAUGCCAGUUAGGGAUGUUGCUGCGUGGAACGCGAUGAUUUAUGGGUUUUGCGCGAAUGGGAGAGUUGAAGAGGGUUUAAAGUUGUUUGAGAGGAUGCCGUCCAGGAAUGUUAUUUCGUGGACUUCGAUGAUUGGCGGGCUUGAUCAGAAUGGGAAGAGUGAUGAGGGUUUGUCUCUUUUUGGGAAGAUGAUGAUGGAGUCGGGUGUUAAGCCUACUUCGAAAACAUUUGCUUGUGUUUUGACAGCGUGUGCUAAUGCCACGGACUUCAAUUUGGGUGUUCAGGUUCAUAGUCAUGCUGUUCAGUUAGGAUAUAGUUUUGAUGAAUUUAUAUCAGCCUCAUUGAUAACCUUAUAUUCGAACUGCAACACAGUUGAGAAUGCUCAACGGGUUUUUGAUGAGACGAUGUCUAAAAAUGUAGUUAUAUGGACAGCUCUUUUAUCUGGAUAUGUUUUAAAUAGUGAGCAUGAAGAUGCAUUGAGAGUUUUCAGUGAUAUGAUAAAGAUGGGUGUUUCUCCAAACCAAUCUACAAUGAGCAGUGCUUUUAAUUCAUGUCGUCGGUUAGAGGCUCUUGAUAGGGGUAAAGAGAUUCAUACGGUAGCAGUUAAGCUAGGUUUGGAAACUGAUGUCUUCGUUGGCAAUUCUCUAAUAGUCAUGUAUAAUGAAUGUGGUAAUUUAAAUGAUUCUGUUGCUGUCUUCAAAAGAAUUAAAGAGAAAAAUGUUGUCUCUUGGAAUUCAAUUAUCAUUGGGAGCUCACAGUAUGGACAUGGCAUGUGGGUUUUGAUUUUCUUUAACCAGAUGAUACGUGCAGGUGUAGACCCAGACGAGAUCACAUUUACUGGAUUACUUUCUGCUUGCAGCCAUUCUGGUAUGUUACAGAAGGGGAGGAGAUUUUUUCAGUAUGCUCAGCAAUAUAAGCCGAUUGAGCUGAGUCUUCAGCAUUAUGCUUGUAUGGUGGAUAUCUUAGGUAGAAGCGGGAAGUUGGACGAAGCAGAGGAGUUAAUAGAAAAUAUGCCUAUGGAAGCAAAUUCUAUGAUAUGGCUAAGCCUCCUUAGUGCUUGCAGGAUGCAUUCUAAUGUUGAUGUUGCUGAAAGGGCUGCAAGACAUAUCUUUGCCGUAGAACCACAUUGUAGCGCUGCCUAUGUUCUAUUGUCUAAUUUAUAUGCUUCUGCAGGUAGAUGGGCUGAUGUUUCCAGAGUAAGAUUUAAGAUGAAGCAAGUAGGCAUUGUGAAACAACCGGGGUCUAGUUGGGUGGUCCUAAGAGGAAGGAGACACGAAUUUCUUUCCGGAGAUAGGUCUCACCCUCUCAGUGAGAAAAUAUAUGAAAAGUUGGAUUGGUUGGUCGGAAAACUAAAGGAAUUGGGUUAUGUUCCUGAUGGAAGAUUAGCUUUACAUGAUGUUGAGGAUGAGCAGAAGGAAGAGAUGUUAUCUUAUCACAGUGAAAGGCUUGCAAUUGGAUUUGCUUUAAUUAGUACUGUGGAGGGAAGCACAAUAACUGUGAUGAAGAAUCUUCGAGUAUGUGGUGAUUGCCACUCUGUAAUUAAGCUCAUCACAAACGUUACAGGUCGAGAGAUUGUCGUCAGGGAUUCUAGUCGUUUCCACCAUUUCAGGAACGGUAAUUGUUCUUGUGGAGAUUAUUGGUAGAACAAAAGUUUUUGCAAACAGAUUCUCGCGGAUGAUGUGGAAUUUCUUGCUUGUGAAUUCACACUAUAAACUCAAAUGUAUUUGGGUUAAAACCCCAAUAAUCUUGUGGAAUGCCUGAGAAGAUCUUACAUCAAGGCUCUAAUGUUCGGCUACUUGAUACACCUAUUUUUCGUUGGUAAUGUUUCCGAAGCUAGACCUCGAUAUGGCUGAAUUGGGUUUCUGCAACUCGUCCCUAUCCUCACAGAAUGAUAUUCGAAGAUAAAGGGGGGAGAUUAGCACUUGUGAGAAUGAACAUGACAUCUAUGGAUGGAAGUGAAGCUGUUACUCAAUUACUGGGAAUAUUCAAAGCUCAUUCUGCCAUUAGAUUUUGAAAGAAUGUUCAUAUCAGCUGGAGGAGAAAGCAAGAUGAGCUUCUCAUUUAAUGCUUACAAGAGUUUAGGAAUUAUAGAUAGCAUAGCGAUUAACAUGUUUGUGUCAUCGUAUGUAGUCUGGAUGACAAAAGUUAUUGUUCUGAACCAACUAAUGCUAGACAAAACACUAAAAAUAACAAUGUUUUAACUAAAUUGUACUUCAACAGAAGAUGAUACAAUCUCAUCUCCAACCAUAAUCGUAUGCAAUCUGUAAGCUUAGAUCCUUGUUGGCUUCAAUGUCAUUGCCAA